AUGGACGUCACAGCCGACCGCACACGGGUGGCGCCGGAGAUCGAGAAGGACGUCGACGACGUCGCCAUGGAGGGCGACAUGGAGUCGGACCCCGCGCUGGCGCGCGAGCGGCAGCUGGAGCCCGUGCAGCCGUGGCAGGAGCAGCUGACGGUGCGGGGAAUGGUGGCGGCGCUGUUGAUCGGCUUCAUCUACACCGUCAUCGUGAUGAAGAUUGCCCUCAGCACGAAGACCAAAAUACCUCACGUUUUGGUGGUCGACUACAAACUGACCUACCCCAGUGGGACAGCAACUGCUGUUCUUAUUAAUGGGUUUCAUACCCCCAAGGGAGACAAGAAUGCAAAGAAGCAAGUCCAUGGGUUCCUAAAAUACUUCGGGAUCAGCUUUAUGUGGAGCUUCUUUCAAUGGUUCUACACUGGCGGCCCUGUUUGCGGUUUUGUGCAGUUCCCUACUUUUGGUCUCAAGGCUUGGAAACAAACGUUCUCCUUUGACUUUAGCCUCACGUAUGUGGGUGCGGGAAUGAUUUGCUCACACCUAGUGAACCUCUCCACUCUCUUGGGUGCAGUUCUUUCAUGGGGGAUAAUGUGGCCACUCAUUAGCAAACAGAAGGGGGUUUGGUACCCCGCAGAUGUACCAGCAAGCAGCAUGAAAAGAUUGUAUGGUUACAAGGCCUUCUUCUGUGUAGCUCUAAUAAUUGGAGAUGGCCUUUACCAAUUCUUGAAAGUCACAUAUGUCACUAGUAAAAGCCUACAUCAACGAUUAAACAAAAAAGUUGUUACCAACAAAGGAGAGGAAAAUAGAGAUGGUAUGGCUUCACCAGAGGAAAUCCAGCGCGAUGAGAUUUUCAAGAGUGACAACAUACCCUCAUGGAUGGCAUACACUGGAUACGCCGUGCUUAGCAUCAUCUCAUCAAUCAGCAUACCCCUGAUGUUCUGUCAGAUAAAGUGGUACUAUGUGAUAGUAGCAUAUCUCCUUGCACCUGUGCUCGGGUUCUCCAAUUCCUACGGAGCAGGUCUCACUGACAUCAACAUGGCCUACAACUAUGGCAAGAUCGCCCUCUUCAUCUUCGCAGCCUGGGCUGGCAAGAAAAAUGGUGUAAUUGCUGGCCUGGUUGGUGGUACGCUGGUGAAGCAGUUGGUCCUCAUGUCUGCCGAAUUGAUGCAUGACUUGAAGACGAGUUAUCUCACGUCGACAUCCCCAAGAUCCAUGCUUGUGGCACAGGCUAUCGGGACGGGCAUGGGCUGCAUCGUCUCACCCCUCACCUUCAUGCUCUUCUACAAGGCAUUUGAUGUUGGUAACCCAGAUGGCUAUUGGAAGGCGCCGUAUGCACUCAUAUACCGUAGUAUGGCGAUUCUCGGUGUGGAAGGUUUCUCAGCUUUGCCAAACCACUGCCUCUCAAUAUCGGCUGGAAUUUUUGCAUUUGCGAUGCUUCUGAGUAUUGCAAGGGAUAUCCUACCACGCAGGUAUGGCAAGUAUGUUCCACUACCGAUGGCAAUGGCGGUGCCUUUCCUUGUAGGUGGGAGCUUUGCCAUUGACAUGUGCAUCGGGAGUUUGGUGGUAUUUGUGUGGGAGAAGAUGAACAAGAAGGAGGCUAUCAUCCAAGUGCCUGCUGUUGCAUCUGGCUUGAUAUGCGGGGAUGGCAUAUGGGUAUUCCCAUCUUCCCUACUAGCUCUUGCCAAGAUUAACCCUCCAAUCUGCAUGAAGUUCACUCCUGCCAACUAG